AUGCCAAUCCCAGUCCCACUUUCCCUGUUUAUUUUCCCAACCAUCAACAUCCUCCUCCGGAUCCGAUUUCACUCAUCUCAAUGCCAACCCGUCUUGUUACACGUCGCACCCAGUUCUCAAGCUGCGAUGAGUGCCGUAGAUCCCGCCUUAGGUGCGACAGAAAUCCACCUGGAGACUCAUCGUCGUCCUGCACACGAUGUCGGAACCGGAAUCAGGCUUGUACCUUUCAGAACAAAUACUUCAAGUGCAAAGAGAAAGUUCCGUCGUAGCACAACAUCACGGCCAUCAAGCGAUACACCUUCGACACACGCUAGCCAUGUUACAGAGGCUCCCGAAACACAUGCCCUUCGGCAGGCUCGUGUUUUCGAAGCAGAUAUCGCUAUCUCCGGUGAUACUUUGACGGGUUCGGCUGUCCUAGAGUCCGUGUCACCACCACGGUACACAAACCCUUCCAGAGGCUAUGUGGUGAAUGACAGUAUGGAGGACCUUGAUACCACAUGGCUCGAUACCUUAUACAGAGAAGGAUUCGAGGUUGUGUUUGGCUCCUGGAUGGGUAGCUAUAGCUGUCCGUUCUUAUUUGGCCACACUCUGGCCGAUAAAUAUGUCAGUAUAUCUGAUCUCUGCCGCCAUCUUGAUGGGUGUAUAGUAGACUCGGGUAAUAGUCAAGUAGCUGGCCGAGACGAGGAAGCUGAACUAUCUCUGCAAAGCACUAUUUGUGCCUUUGCUGCGCGCUGGCUCCCUGUGACUUCUGCAGUGGAAUCUUACCAAGGUCACUGCAACCUUGUACAGAGUCUCUGGAGACACGCCCGACGAGACAUGUUGCGCAUUAUCAAUAGACCGUCCUACCGAUCAAUGCUAUCACUGCUUCUCUUUGCCUUGACCCCGAUACCUGAAGGUAUUUCGGAGGAGGAAGAGACGGACGGCAUAUCCGGCCAAGCGUGUGUUCAUGCUGCAUUGCAACAGAUCCAGAAUCUACGAGCCCGCCAAAGGAACCUCCAAUUCAGCGGCUCCAAAGUCUCCCCUUCACUCAGAUCAGAGACCAUCGCGACAACACCAGAAUCGAUCGAGUCUUCUGGCUUCAUCAACGCCGAAAGUACAGUGUACUGGGCCGCCCUGACAUUCGAUACCUCGGCGUCCCUGACCCUCAAUUGCCGCCCUCUGCUGUCUUCUGGACUGUUCGGUUUCGAGUCUGAACUCCCUUGGCGCUUGGUCAGGACUUGUGCAAAGAUGUUUGACGAAAAUGCUCGCCAGUGGAAGCAAGCAAGUGCCGAUAUGACAGAUGAGAGAGCGAAUCAAAUAAUUGCUGCUGGUGCCUCCUGGAAACUUCUAGGGUGGAAGUUGACAGCAAUAUUCAAAGAAGCUCUGCGUGAUGGCCAUGAGGAGCCUGAGGUGCGAAAAGCCUAUUUUGCCGUUGUGGAUUCCAUAAAGCAGUUUGGUAUUGUCUACCGUCCGCUCCUGGAUGAGUGCCACAAGAGAAUGCCGUUUCUUGGUCAAAAGACUAAGCUACGAUGGUGUAGGUUCAGCAUCACUCUAAAGUGGCACCGUAUUGACAGAAAUAAUAGUUUCUCUCAUGCUCCACUAUCACCUCAGCAUAUUGAUGCUUGUCGACAUAAUAGAAGCUACUGA